AUGGCGCCACGUCCAUCGGCGCCAUCGUUGUCGAUUCCGGCAGAGGAUAUCCCGGAGGUUUCGCCUGGAGAGCUCCAGGUGGCAGUGUCUCGGUUGCGGAGCAAAAACUCGCUCCGGGGCUCGACGGUGUACCCGGACGUGUCUGGGUCCUCGCUGUCGAGUCACUGGGUACGAGGCUCCGUAGCCUUUUCUCCGCGUGCUUUGAGCAGGGCACUUUCCGUCGCGGUGGAAGACGGGGAAGCUUGUCCUGCUCAAGAAAGAAGGAGACCCGCAGAGUCGCCAUCGGCCUACCGACCGAUCGUGUUGCUCGACGAGGUGUGCAAACUGUUCGAGCGUGUGGUACACGCUCGCCUCGUCGGGCAUCUCGAACGGAUCGGCCCGGAUCUGGCCGCUUGCCAGUACGGGUUUAGGCGCGGCCGAUCCACGAUUCACGCGAUUCUGCGGGUGAAAGCACUGGCGGAGGAUGCAGUCGCUCGGGGCAGGGUCGUGCUGGCGGUGUCCUUAGACAUCGCCAACGCGUUUAACACCAUGCCCUGGGCCUGCAUCAACGAGGCACUGCGGUAUCACGAGGUGCCACCUUAUCUCCGGCGUCUGGGCUCGGUCCUCGGGCCGCUCCUGUGGAACAUCGGCUACGACUGGGUGCUCCGUGGUACCAACCUUCGAGGCGUCGCCGUCGUCUGCUAUGCGGACGACACGCUCGUGACGGCGACGGCCAGGACCUUUCAGAGGGCGUCCCUGCUCGCCUCAUUCGGUACCGAAUUGGUGGUGCGCAGGAUUCGGCGACUGGGUCUCGCGGUGGCUCUCCACAAGACCGAGGCCCUUGCCUUCCAUGGGCCUCGGAGUAGGCCGCCCAUCGAGGCCUACAUCUCUGUGGAGGGCGUGCGGAUACCCGUCGGCUCAAAGAUGAAGUAUCUCGGUCUUCAUCUGGACAGCCGAUGGGACUUCCGCGCGCACUUUGAGGUUUCUCUCGCCGAAGUUGGCUGCUGCGAAGACCGCAGCGCAUGGUGGCGCAGCGUAUCGUCAGGGGCUACCGCACGAUCUCACACGAAGCGGCUUGCGUAUUGGCGGGCACUCUGCCCUGGGAUCUCGACGCGCGGGCUCUCUUCUGUCUUCUGGUGGCGGGAAGAGAGCUUGCGCCGAGGACAGAGGCUAGCCCCCCAAGAGGUCGAGACCACUCUGGUCUCCCUCCGCAACGCCGCUGUGGAGGAAUGGCAGCUCAGGCUGGAGAGCCCGAGUGCGGGCUUGAGGACCGUCGCGGCAGUGCGACCCGUCCUUCGACAGUGGUUGGACAGGCACCACGGUGCGCCGACAUUCCGGCUGACGCAGGUGCUCACCGGGCACGGGUGCUUCGGUGCAUACCUGUGUCGCAUAGCCGGGAAGGAGGAGUCCGCCGCGUGCCACCACUGUGGCAACUGCCGCGAGGACACGGCCCAACACACUCUCGAGGAGUGCCCAGCCUGGACGGAAGAGCGCAGCGCUCUCUUGGCCGUCAUCGGAAGCGACCUCUCGUUGCCGACCGUGGUCGCCGCCAUGGUCCGCAGUCGGAGGUCGUGGCGAGCUAUGGCCUCCUUCUGCGAGCGUGCCAUGUCGCAGAAGGAGGCCGCGGAGCGGAUAGGAGCAGACCGAUCCCGCCCGCCGCCGCCAUAG